AAUUAAAAAUCCCCUAAAAUGUAUGGAGAUUGAUCUAUGUUUUGAGUGGUGACAUAACGUGAAAGAAAUCCAUAAUAAUAAAUUUUUAAAAUGAGUUUAGGACUUAAUAAACUGUUUUCUAUUGCAAGGACAGGUUCUAAAUAUAUGAGACCAGGGAUACAAUUUGUAGGUAAACGAUCUGCUUCUAGUGGCUCAAAAGAUGGAUAUUUCUACGUUAAUGAUAAAGAACCUAGUAUGGAAUUUGGAGAUAUUACAGAUCGUGCUGCUCAGACAUUGUUCUUCACCGAAUUAAUUAGAGGUUUUGGCGUCACAUUGGCACAUAUUUUCAAAGAACCUGCAACUAUUAAUUAUCCAUUUGAAAAAGGACCACUUAGUCCCAGAUUUAGAGGAGAGCAUGCUCUAAGAAGGUAUCCUUCUGGUGAAGAGCGUUGCAUUGCUUGUAAAUUAUGUGAAGCUAUUUGCCCUGCACAGGCUAUCACUAUAGAAGCUGAAGAGCGUGCUGAUGGGUCUAGACGAACAACAAGAUAUGAUAUUGAUAUGACGAAAUGCAUCUACUGUGGUUUUUGUCAAGAAGCUUGCCCAGUAGAUGCUAUAGUAGAGGGUCCAAAUUUUGAAUUCUCAACUGAAACACAUGAAGAACUACUUUACAACAAAGAAAAGCUAUUGAACAAUGGAGAUAAAUGGGAAUCAGAAAUUGCUGCUAAUAUCCAUGCAGAUCAUUUAUAUCGUUAAGAAAUUGUAUAGCAGUUUAGAAAAAGUUGAUAAUAAAUAUGUAUUGUAGGUUUU